UAACAUCUCAAAGGAGAAAGCUACAGCAAAGGGACCACAGACUCAAGAACACAUGGAGUUCUAAGAGAAUGUAGGACAACCCAAAAAGAAGACACUUCUCAAGACAGUUGUUAGGAUCUUGCAACAAUUGUACCAUAGCGUGGAUACUGAAACUCAAACUAUUCCUAAAAAAUUACUGCUGACCUAAUAACCAUGGAAAUGAUGCUAGACCUGCACACCGUGAGUGUCCAACUACAGGACAACGGACCCAUUACUCUAGUGAGAAAUACGGAUGACUGGAAAAAAGGUGGACGGCUUCUCUCUGGUCUCCUGGCCUCCAAUGUCUUGCUUCUUGGCGGGGCUUUGGCAACUUGUGUGUUCACAGAAGACAAUGACAUCUAUGAAUUUGACUUUCUCAUCUUUCUGUCCAUCAUGAUGGUAAUCUGCAUUCUGUGGAUGCUUUUUCAAAUGUACUUCACUUGGAAGCACAAAAACGCUGUUCUCUUUAAGGACUGCGAAGCAGGACCCAUAUGGAUGAGAGUUGGAAUCAUUCUCUUUGGAGUUGGCACACUUGUCAUGGCAGUUUUUAAAAUCGUAUUUGCAAUCGAGCACAUAGGCUGCAGAGAGCCUCUAACAGUUAUCCAGCCGAUCAUUCUGGUCCUUUUUGUCAUUGUACAGACAUGUUUUCUCUGGAUAUCCUGCAAACAUUGUGUCCAGAUACAUAUAAAUGCUACCAGGUGUUUUCUGAUGAUCCUGCUGGCUGUAAAUCUUAUCAUAUGGAUAAUUGCAGUUGCUGAAGAGUCCAACCAUCACACUCAUGAACUAGAAAAGCAUCUAAUGAGAAAUGAGUCAGAAGACACUAAUAGCAGCUCCAGGAAACAAACAGAUGAAUUUGGAGAAGUGGUGAGUUGUGAGUGCAAUUCACGGUGCAUAAACGCCACCGUGUUUACCUACUUGUACCCCUUCAACAUUGAGUAUAAUCUGUUUGCUGCGGCUAUGGUUUACAUCAUGUGGAAGAAUGUAGGACGUCAAAUUGAUGAAAAUGCUUCCUUCCAUCAUGGACUAGGACCAGGAUUCCAUCAACAUAUACCACUUAUAGGACUUACCUUUGGUGUAGCCAUUUUGGUAAUUGGUCUAGUGGUGUUCAUCAUGUAUGAAGUGGGUAUUCAUACCAAUCACACAGACUUGUUGUCACUGACAACCUUCUUUAUUUUUCAUGUGGUCAGCCUCGCUCUCAUGUGCCUGGCCAAUAUAGCAGGGAUUGUUAUCUUCAAAUUAGAUAAGAGAAAGAUGGACAAUAAGAAAAAUCCAAGUCGUACACUGGAUACGGCUCUACUACUUGGGGCAACAUUAGGCCAAUACGCCAUCUCUUAUUAUUCUAUCAUAGCUGUGGUGUCUACACAACCCUUCAGCGUCUUGUGUGGACUAAACCUUGGUUAUUCCAUGCUGAUGAUUCUUCAGCACUCUAUUCAGAACGCUUUUAUCAUCCAAGGGCUCCACCGUCUUCCCCCCCAUGUAUCAUUCAGGACCCCUAGGCCUACGGAACCGCAUGAAGCCAUAAGGCAGGUCACUGUGCAAGGUGCAGACAGAAGAGAAUCGCUCACAGGUGUCCAAAAUAAUUUUCACCGGAGACUGACAAGAAGAGAAACCUUGAAUGCUUACAUCAAAAGCCACCUCAAGAAAAGGAAAACCAUGAAAGACAUCUACUUGUUUCUUUUCCUCAGUAACAUAAUAUUCUGGAUUAUGCCAGCCUUUGGAGCUCGGAUCCGAUUUGACGAUGGUUUUGAAGUUAGUUUUUAUGGUUUCACACUUUGGGCCAUAAUUACCAACGUUUGUCUUCCUUUUGGGAUCUUCUACCGUAUGCAUGCAGCUGCUUCGUUGUUGGAACUGUACAGCAUGUCCUAGAGGAGCAGGUCAUCCUCUCUUCACAUUAAUGAUGGUCCUGUGGUGUGGAGGACUGUGGAGAUAUAAAACAAUGACCAUUCAUAAACGACAGGGUUUACAGACACAUAAUGGGAUUCUGCUGAAUGACAUAGUGUAGACUUUCUUCUUAAAGAGCAACCAGGCGGCAUACUGGUAGAGUUGAUCCUGCUGAUUAAAAUGAUGCCUUGUGAAGAUCGGUUGGGGCGUUCCUGAGAAAUAAAAAAAUUCUUUAUGCAAAUUAGGCCUGCAGGGCACAAGGGGCGGGACCUUGUCCCUCGGUGCACCUGGGAUUUCCACUGCUUGUCACGCCCUUCUCUGCACUAAAGUCCUAAAGAUUGCCAGAGAAUCCAAUUUUUAUUUUGUCAUUAGAACGGUGCAAUCGAGUUUUACAAGACAGGUAUCAUUUUAAUCAGCAAGAUCAACCCUACCAGGUGCUGCCUGGUGUAAUAGGGUUGAUCCUGAUCAUAUUCGCUUUAUUUUUUAUUUUUAUGGAAUCUUACUUGAAUCAGAAGAGGCAGA